AUUUUGUACCGGAUAUCCUCCCCAAAUUUCAAUGAUUAUCCAAUUGGAAAAAAUGUCCUCUGCAUAUCUCAAACUAAAUUCAUCCAAAAUCUAAUUCGAAUCUCCGCCGAUGGCCACUCUUUUAUCGUCGCUGGAAGUUUCAUCAUUCUCCAGCGGUCGCCUUCCAUUGAGUAUUUCUUCUUACAUAAACCCUAGAAAUGUACAGAAACUCAGGUAUGGAAAUCAGGGUGCUAGGGUUAGGGUUAGGGUUUGUGCGAGUGUGAAGGAGUCUCCGUCUUUGAAUUCAGCGUUUUACGCACAGUUCUCUGCUCCUGUGCAGACUAGCGCCACGGAAGUGAACGAGGAACAGGAGGAAGAGAAGCGGAAUUACCAUCUCAAUACGGGUUACGCUAUUCGGACUAUCCGAGAAGAGUUUCCUGCCCUCUUUUAUAAGGAGCUAACCUUUGAUAUCUACAGGGAUGAUAUUGUCUUUAAAGAUCCACUCAACACUUUUAGUGGCAUUGAGAAUUAUAAAUCAAUCUUCUGGGCUCUGCGAUUCCAUGGCAGGAUGUUAUUUAGGGCUUUGUGGAUUGAUAUUGUUAGUGUUUGGCAGCCUGUGGAAAACAUGAUAAUAGUUCGGUGGACUGUUCAUGGCAUUCCCCGUGUUCCAUGGGAGAGCCAUGGGCGGUUUGAUGGUACUUCAGAGUAUAAGCUUGAUAAAGAUGGGAAGAUUUAUGAGCACCGGGUUCACAACAUUGCUCUGAAUGCACCUCCAAAGUUCCAUGUACUUGCUGUACAGGAAUUCAUUGAAUACAUCAGCGGUGCCUCAACACCAAAGCCUACUUUCUUUGAAAUCGUAUCUCCUACCUUGAGGAACAUUGCUCCAGUAACGAAAUUUUCUAAGUUGAGGCAGCACCUGGGCUCAAUUCUAGCCUCCCUAAAGAGAAAUGAGGAGGAAAAAUCAGACCACCAAACAUAGCAAGUGAAGUGCCAAAAGAUUUGGUGAAUUUUCGCUCUAGAUUACAUACUCGCAUAAUCCAUACAAGUAUAUAUGUACUAAUAUACUCCCGCAGGCAGCAAAACAUAUCUGGAGUUCUUUUCUUUUUUUUGUUUCUUCAGGUGGGCGAUACCUCUCUAGUCUCUACUGUGUGCUUCAUUUGAGCUCCAGAUCCAGGCUUGUGUUUGGAACUCAGAUCGUUGUAAAUAUUUGUAUAGCAUACCACUCUUGCUUUCCCGUCGGAGUGUUAGCUCUGCAUUUUGUAAAGUAUUACUCAUCCUCGCCAAUUAUAUACAUGUCUUCCUCUUUCUAGCCA